GUUAAGGGAUAAGAUCACAAAGUCAUCCAGAUCUUUUCACAAUGAAAGAAUCGUAUUCUAUGUUUACACCUCAUGAAAUGGAAAUUCUGUGUAACAAAUGUCAGAGAUAAUACGACGUGGCAACAUUGCUUGAGUUUCGCGGUAUUUUUCUCCCGCCAAGCCGUUGAGGGGGGUGGUGGUUUUGUUUUGAGGGCUGUGUGUGGCAGGUGUGCGGGAAAGGUUUGGAUUGACUGCUUUUAUGUGAUGUUUGUGGAAUAAGAAUUGGAGUUUAACUCUUGUUUUAUAUAUUAGGUUGUGAGCAGAUCUUUAAGUGCUUUAAUAAUGCCGAAAGUGGUAUUGGUUUAAUACAUGAAAGUGAUGACUGUUUGGUGGAAAAGCAAAUAUAUUUUUCCUUAGUGCAUAAGUUUAUAAUAAUCAUGAAAGAUUUGACUCAUUAUUUUCAAUCUCCAAACAAGAUAGUAAAUGCAAAUAAUUCUUCUGUAGAUGAUGUAGCUGUGAUUGAGAAAUCUCCUCCGGAUUUGGGUUCUGAUCGUAAUGGCUCGGUUUCACCUUGUUUUGAAAGAUUGAGUAGAAACGGGAUUAAUGAAGCGGGAAGCUUGGAAAAUCAUGUGUGUGAUCCAGAAGAAUGCCAGGUCUUAGUAAAAGAACAUUCAAGUGCACGAAAAAACAAACGUAAAUGUCUUACAGCUUCUGGAAAGCCUUCUGGUUAUGUUAAUGGUACUUCAAAUUGUGAUGAAGGUGAAAGCAGUAAACAAUUAGAAGAAAAAACAAGAAAAGGGUCCAAGAAGAAAUAUGCAGAGAACGGUAAUGUUAUUAGUGAUGAAAAGUGCGUAGAACCUGAGAGUCCUGAAGGUACAUCACUGUCUCCUAAUGCUUUUCAGGUUCUUAUGUCCACUCAGCAGGUGUUCAGUAGCACAAAUUCUGGUAGAAAAAAUUGUUCCCAAGAUAUUGUUGAGAAUGAUCAAUUGAAGCGUGAAAAUAAAAAAAAGAUCCAAGAAAAUUUGGAACAAAUGGCAAAGCGGAAGUUGGAAAUGGAAGCAAAUAUAAAAGCUUGUGAAAUAAUUGGUGGAAAAUCUGCGAAAAAACGGAGAAGGAUUAUUGUUGAGUCUGACCCGGAAAGUGAAGCAACUUCAGUGACAGAAAACAGUUCUGAUGCUAUGUCAGAUCAAGUUCUUGAAAACAAACCUGGGAAACGACGAAAGUCUGUUCUUAAAGUUGAUAUAAAAAGAAAACAAAGUAAAAACAAGAUAUCUGAUGAAAUUUCUGAACUGGAAAUUUUAGAAUCUGAAGUUGUGAAAUCUCGAAAGUUCAAUAAGAAGAAAAAUGAAGAGAGUAAUGCAAGAAAGUCAAAGAAUAUGGAAGUAAAUGUAUGUAAUGAAAUUGAAGUAUUGCAACAAAAUAAUAUUGAUCUUCAGAAUAGUACUGCUGAUACAAAAGUUGAAGAUUUGGAAGUAAAAAGCAAUGUAGAUAAUGAAAAAUGUGGUAACUCUGAUCCUUCAGCAAUGAUUAUCAAUUCGAAUGACUUUUCUGCCACACCUAAUGCCACCAUGAAAAAGGGUAAUAUUUUGAAUUAUUUUAAUAAAGUGUCCAAUGAUGUGAAACGACAACAAUCUGAAAAGAUAAAAGUUACUGCUGAUGUGCAUUUUCCUGUGGUUUCUGAUGUAAAAGUAUCUAGAAAAGUUGUAAUGAAAAAGAGAUCUAAAAAGAAAGAAUCAAAUGAAGAUGAUAUUCAGUUGAUUGACUCAGAAAUAAUUGAGAAACAAAAUCUUGAAGAUUCUGAAACAACAAAAUCUUUUGCUGCUGUGGUAGAAAGCAGAGUGCCUUGUGCUACCAGUCCACCUCUGCAAACAGAAUCAAAAUGCAGCUCACCAUCCCUCAAAAACUGGAAAAUACGGAUUCAAAUUAAGCAAUCUCCGACUGCAAAUCGCAAAGAAAAGAGUUCUCCAGUUAAAAAGAGAAAAUUAAAGAUACAUGAUAAAAAACCCAGAAACAGUGAGACAUCACUGAAUAUUACAUUGGAAAAAACAGAUGAGGUGCCAUUAUCGAACAAUAAUCGGAAGUUAGAUGGGAAGGAUAUACCAAUUGUGGAGGACAAAUUGCAAAAUCUAAGAGAGUCCUCUCCUAGCUCCAGUUUGCAAAAGAAGAAAAAGUUGGUUUUAGCGAAGUCUACUCCUGUGAAGAACAAGUCCUGUAAAGACAAGGAGGGUGUUUGUGAACUGAAAGAAACAGCUGAUGAAAACGAACCUUUAUUGAGAAGGAUGAAAGAAGUUUUGGAUAAUGAAUAUAAGAAAAGUAAAAAUUCUCGUUUAGAUAAGGAAGUCACUCUGAAUGAAAAGCGCUCUACUGGAGUGAAAGUACACACUCCCAAAGGAAGGAAAACAUUUGUCGCUAAAAAAUCUUCCACUCCGACUUUGGAAAGCAAAUCUACUGAGAAAAAAGGAUCUUUCUUGAAAAACUGUAAUGAAGGGAACCAACUUUCGCCAGAACCAACAGGUACUAAGACAACUUUAAAAAGAAAACGUUCUUUUGUGUUGCAAGAGUCACCUCCUCUAAAGAAAUCUGGUGCCAAAAGUUCUCCGAUAAAAAAGACUAUUAAGAAUAAAUCACCUGCUAAAGAUAAUCUCGCAAAGAAAGAUACCAGUACUCCUAAAAAAGUUUUGGAAGAAGUUGAAAGUCUCCUGGAGAAUGAAGAAUCUCUUGAAUGCACUUUUAUAAAGAAAAAUGGUAAUUGUUUGGAAGAAGAAAGUAUUUCUUCCAAGAAAAAUAUUGGGAAUGAUAGUUUUACGAGAGGGAAAAAAGUGUUGUCUUUGACCAAGCAUAAGAAUAACAUGAGUUCUGAAGAAAAAGAUGAAACAUCGACAUGUGGUCGGGCUAAAAGAAGCUGCACCACAAAGAAAACAACAUACAUAGAGGAGGAUAUUGAUACCUCAAAGAAAUCAAAGGGGGAAGCAAUAACUGCCAGACGAAAGAGAAGUGUCUCUGCAAGAACACCUGUUCAUGAAGAGAGCAAUGCUUUUCAGAGUUCAAAUAUGUUUGAAAGUUUAAGUUCAUCUGCUGGUCGUCGAAGUUCUUCUCGCAAGAAGUCUGCUUUCCUAGCUGCAGAUUAUGGAAUCAGUGAUGAUGAAGAGGAGGAUUUUGAUGAUGACAGUGAUGAUGAUUUUUUUGGCGACAGUGAUUAUUAUGACAGUGAUUUUGGUGAUAGUGAUGAAAAUUUUAUCAACAGUGAUCACCAAGAGUGUGUUGAUUCCACUUUUGAUUUGAAGGAAAAGAAUGAUAAAGAAGGAAACAUGACUUCUAAAAGAAGACAUGCUUCACUUAGGCAAAAAAAGGCCCUUUCUAAGAGCAUACCUAUUUCUAAAAAGGAAUUGAUAGCCGCAUUUUCAGAAAAAGUUGCUAUUUCUAAAGUAAAGAGAGCACAAUCAAAAGGGAAAAUGCUUAAUCAAGAAGUAGUUCUGCAAUUUAUAAAAAAAGCUAAAGGAACUUUGAACAGAAAAAUGGCAUUACAUGAUCCUGAAAACUUCCCAUGUAAACAAACAAAUGAUGCAGGAAAAAAAUCAGUGCCAAUUAAACUGGCUCCGGUUUUUGUCUCUCAGAAAGCAAAGAAACCAGACAAGGUAACAAUGUUGGCUCGAAAAACAUUUCUGCAAAGUGGUGUCCCUGAAGUUGUUAAGAAAAUGGUGGAGGUUCAAAAAUUAGCAGAAGAGCAGGAACAUACUGAAUUUCCAUUGAUAUCCCAUAUUCAGCAAAAAGAUGAUGGUGCAUUAGUUUGGAAUUUAGCUGAUGCUCUCCAAAAAUUUCCCCCUACUCUGGAUGUUACAUUACCAACUCCUUCAGAAGACUUCAAGGGAAAUUUUACAAAAUGCACUGAAGGCUCUAUCAGUACAAUGACUUACAGUGCUUCUCAGCCUCCAAAGAUCCUAUUGUUUCGUGAUUUUCUCCGGUGCAUAAAAGCUGAAUCUCGAGAUUUUCCUGUUUAUCGUACAUUCAGAUACCUUCUUGAGAUAAAUCAUCCACAGCAGUUAAAAGGUGUCAAGGAUAAUGCUGAAAAAAAAGGAAAACGCAGAAGCAGUUUAGCGAAGAAGAAAGAACAAGCAAACAGUGCCCAGGACUCAGAGAAAAGGUGUGCCGCUUGGACAGCAAAGUAUCGACCAUUAUCAUCAGAGAAUAUUUUGGGAAAUGGUUAUACCAUAAGCCGUUUCAAGAAGUGGUUGGAACUUUGGGUGCAAGUAAAAGAAAAUACUUUCCAGAAAAAGUUUAAAGAAGAUGUUAGUAGUGGUGAUGAAUUUCUAAAUGACGCAAGCGAUGAUGAAUCGGGACGUACAGUUCUUCCAAAAAAGUCAGUUGUUCUCAUGGGUCCUACUGGCUCUGGUAAAACAAUGACAGUAUAUGCAUUGGCUCAUGAACUUGGCUUCAAGGUGUUGGAAGUGAAUGCAGCAUCUAAACGCACUGGACGAAGAAUCCUUUCUGAAUUACUUGAGGCCACACAAUCUCAUCAGGUGCAGGGGAAAGGAGAUGAGACUGUUUCGGGAAUCAAGAGCUUUUUUACAACCAAUGGACCCUCACAGAAGACUAAACAGCCAAAAAAAGAAACAGAGCAAAUAAGCAAGCUAUCACUCAUUCUUGUAGAUGAUGUUGAUGUAGUUUUUGAAGAGGAAGAUGAGGGUUUUGUCUCGGCUUUAAGUACUCUUGUUAUUGGCUCGAAAAGACCUGUUGUCCUUGUUACCUCAGACUCUUCGUGUCCACAUCUGCCUCGUUUUAUGGAGAAUAGUUUGGUGUUAGAAUUCAGGCAUCCUCCCUCUAAAAUGAUCAGCAAGUGCUGGCUCACUGGCUGGCUGUUUCGUUUUUGUGAGCGAUAUGGCAAAAUUUGGAAGACUGUUGGGGAAGCUACAAAUACUGAUGUGAAAGCUGCUCAAGAGUGGAAGGAUCAUCUGAAAAAUACAAGUGCUUCGCCAGAGCUUGAGGCUUGUGAAGAUCAUUGUGAGGUAUGGGAUCAAAUUGCAAAGGAGUUAGAACUUCCAUCAAGUGUUUUUGAUGAUUAUAUCACUAUUGAUGCUGGGACUGAAACAAGUGUGUGGCUGCAGUUGGUGGCUCUCUUGGAAGGUGUGAGAGUUCGCAAAUCUUGUGUGGAAGAAUUACUGAGGUUUAACAAAGGUGAUGUCAGGAAAACGCUCCUGCAGUUGCAGUUUUGGGUGCUUUCUGGCGGUGAGAACUCUAAAGCACUUCCAGAAUCAUCCAAUGAAACACCUGAAGACUUUCCAGAUGACACGUCUAAUUCCAGUUGGGUGUCUCUUGAUGACAAAAAGAUAAAAAAUGAUGCACAUCAUCCCCUUCAUUCGCAGUGCCUUAGUUCGUUUUUGGAGUUGGACGACCUAAUUUUACAGGUUGAUUGGAGUAAAAUAUGGUGGAAUAUGCCACAACUUGCAGGUUUAAAUCAAGUAUCACAUGUAAAAACUAGUGAAAUGUGUAAUAAUGAAGGCAAGAAAGAAAUCACUCAUGUGGCCCCAAGUGUAGAAGCUUCUUUAGAAAGAGAAAGUAGAAUUAAAGGUGACAAUGAAGAACACAACAAAUGGAAAAGUGUGUGUUCUGUUGACCAUAUGAGAGUGCUAGUACAACUUGCAGAUGCUCUGUCAGUGGCGGAAGAACUGUCUUCAGCCACAGACAGUGUUGCAAGUGAACCCUACCAGUGUGCUUGGGAGAAGGCUCCUUUUGACAGCUUGUCUCUGAGCCAAGACAUGAGACCAUCUGCUUAUGGAACCAAAGUCACUGCCCAGUCCAUAGGGAAUUGGUUGGUGUCUGCCAGUGUGAGCCAAAGCUCUUCGUUGUUGUGUCCAGAAAAGCAUUUGCCUCUGGCUAAUGUCAUUCAACAGCAACCUCCCCAAGAAGAAAUGAGUUGGAGAGAACAGCAACAUAAUGCAUGCAGGGAGUUUGAAGAUGCAAUUUCCAUGCUUUAUUGGCCCCAAAGAAGAGCAGUGAGUUUGGAUUACAUGUCGUGUUUGCGGACAAUUUCUAGAUUGGAAAAUGACAGAGUUAGUGUGAAUGAUAAAAGAAAUAAUAGAUUUUUUCAUUAUUUACGGGGUUUAGGAGCUCAUCCAAGCCCUUCAGCUCUAGAUACAGCCUGUAAUGUAUUUAACUUUUACAAUAAUUUAUAAUGAAUAGAUAAGAACAUUUUAAAAAAAUCAAGUAUUACAUGGUAUAUUUGUAAUUAACUGGAGUUUCUGAGAUGUUUGAUUGUAUUAGUUUGUUUUGAGAUAAAUCUGAGUGUUGUGUAAAUAUCCAUUGUACAUAUGCCAUUAAUAAUUGACAUUUCAUACAAAGUAUGUAAAGUUGUAAAAAUCCAGUUGACUGCAAGUUAUUUUAUGUAGAUAGGAUAUUUUUAAUAAAACUCCAUUGAAGUACACUUAUCACUUGCAUCAAAAAAUUAUAUUUUCUAUGACAUGUAAAUCAGAAUUUUAUUUGGUUCUGGACCAAUAUUUUGGUCACAUGCCAAGAUUGUUUGUGAAUUAUUCUGGGCAAUGUGAUAUUGUUAUUAAAUAUGAAGAAUAAAUCAUGUAAAUAAAAUUACGGUAAUAAGAAAUUGAAACCUGAUGUGUCUUAAAAUUGUGGAUACAAUGUGAAACUACAGGAUAAUUUAUAAGUAUGUAGUGCACAAAUUUUAUGUAUUUUUUCGUGAAACAAAUUUAUUUUUAUACAUUCAAAGUAAAAAUAAACAUUGAAAUACCCCUGAAAUAUCUUAAAGCAUUCUGUUGCCUUUUGUUAAGUUAUUUAUAGCUUAAGCUAAUUAAGUUUUGUUUUUGCUGUUGUUUAAAGGUACAUCUUGAAUGAAUGUUAUUUGUAGUAGUUUUUAACAUGCUGAUUUUAUUCUAGUGAAUAUUACCUCAGUUCAGAAUCACAGUGUGCCCUUUUGUACUGAAAUAAAAUCUAUCAACUAAUAGGACAUUUUUUAAUAAAGUAAAAAUAAUUAUACCUGUUUUAUCACACUCAGGUUUUAUUUAAUGAUUGGAAUAUUUUGGAAUAAUAUGUCUGAAAUAUAAUUUUGUAUUCUGAAGUAAUUUAUUUGAAUGAAAUUGAAAUCAUUCUUUAUCAGUGGAAUUAAAAAAGUAUACUCUUUUUUCAUCAGUGGAAAUAAAAUAAUUUCCUCUCGUA